AUUCUUAGUUUGACAGGUGAGGUUGAAGGAAUAUAAUCUACAAUAUAUCCUAUUUUCUACAGUGGCGGAAUCAAAUGGCAAACAAAGCGAGACAGUUUUCCUUUUCCAAAGAGGACCUGCUUUGCCCUCUUUGUAGCGAGGUGUUCAGCCAACCUGUGCAGCUGCAAUGCGGCCAUAACUACUGCAAAACAUGUUUACACGACCUUUGGGAACGCCGGGGACUCAGAGAAUGCCCACUGUGUCGGACCAGGUCCUUCUCCGUGAGGCCUCCCGUCAACCUGGCGCUGAAGAUAGCUGCCGACACGUUCGCUGAGCAGAGUGCAACCAGAGACGUGGAUACCGAAGAGGAGCUGUGCCAUCUUCACGCCGAGAAACUGAACCUUUUCUGUCAGAAUGACGAGGAGCCCAUCUGCCUCAUCUGCCAGGCUUCUAAACAACACAAAACCCAUGACUGCUGCACCACAGAAGAGGCUGCUAUGGAAAAAAAAAUGGAAUUCUUCAGCAAGAUUGAUUCCUUGAGGAAACACCUGAAAAAGCUCAACAAGACUAAAGAGGAUUGGGAAGAAACUAAAAGAUUUAUAAAGAGCCAGGCGGACCAGACUGAGCAGCAGGUGAGGGCGGAGUUUGAGAGCUUGCAUCGGUUCCUGUGGGAGGAGGAGAAGAGGCGGGUGGCCGCGCUCAGACAGGAACAGGAGACCAAGACCCAGGUGAUGGGAGACAAGCUGGGCCUCAUGGAGGGGAUGAUCACAGCGCUCACACACACCAUCAGUGAAGUAGAGGUCGCUAUCAGGGCGAACGAUGUGACGUUUCUACAGGCUUACAAGGAGAUGAAGAGAAGGACCACAGGGGUCGUGAGGGAACCAGAAUGCAUCAGGGGAAUCCUCAUCGAUGCCGCCAGACAUCUGGGGUCACUUAAGUGGACGCUCUGGAGGAAGAUGGCGGACAUGGUUCAGUGGGUCCCCAUAACCCUUGACCCCAACACGGCCCAGCCUAACCUCAGCUUCUCUGAGGAGUUCAGCAGGGUCCAGUAUGACAGAAAGAUGGUCCUGCCAGACAACCCAGAGCGCUUCACCAGCCGCAUGUCGGUCCUGGGAGCCACGGGCUUCAACUCCGGCAAACAUAGCUGGACUGUAGAGGUGGGCCAGGGUAAGGACUGGUACAUCGGAGUCGCCCGGGAAUCCGUCAAACGCAAGACCACCGUCUUCCUCAACCCGGGUGAGGGCUUUUGGUGUAUUGGGCUGUGCAACGGGGAGACGUACUGGGCCCAGACUUCGCCGCGGACACGCCUGCCGGUGAGGAAGGAGAGGAGGCCGUGGAGGGUCACCGUGGAGCUGGACUACGACCGGGGGAAGGUGUCGUUCCUGAACGCCGCCGACUCUGCGAUCAUACACGUGUUUCGGGAGAAGUUCACCGAAAGGAUCUUUCCUUAUUUUUCUCCCGGACUGUGUGCCGAUGGAAACACUUCCAGUCAACUGGCCAUCUGUCCAAUGACUAUAGCUGUGGAAGUACUGGACCACGUCAAAAUACCCUGAGCUGACAAGGCACAUGCUCUUUUGGGGGUUUUGCUGAAAGCAUUUGGCAAGACUUGAACCAACUCUGCAGCUUAGAGUGCUGGACCACCCUAGACCGCAGUUAUGGUGAAUAGUACUUCAUUGGCACUAUGAUUGUUGUAUGUUAAAGACAGAGGGACAUUUGAAGUUUCCCAGAUGUACAGUGAAGAGUAAUGUAAUAAUUUAUUUUUCAACUGAUUCCAAUGGGUGUGUGCGCUGGUUUGGGGGUACCCCCAGCUUGUGGCCUUUGACCAGCAUCAGGCUCACAUCAGCCCAACGGGGGACUGACGCUGGCUGGGAAAAGACAGGCAUUAUUCAGGCAAAGACAGGGCUGCCUGAAAUGGACCUUUACAUUCUGGUCCUGAGUGAAGCGGACGGCACAUUGAGGUCCGAGGCUCUGAUACUAUUAAACAUUCAAAAGACGAUUUAAAACACCCACUGUAAAUACCUCUAUUACUAUACCCCCACCUGCAUGUAGCCCUUUUCUCUGCAGCCCUAUAUUAAUAUUGUUUUAAAUAUUGUGAGUUAAUUGGAAAUUUAACGUUUAGUUCAGUGGUAUAUGCCUUCAUAUAUUUUCAUCAUACUGAUAGAAAACGUGGGAUUUUGAAGAUCUGGGCUUUUUAAAAUGUUGCUUUGAAGGGCUUAAUCAGCGGUUUGUUCAGUCAGACACUGCUGAAGUCACAGUAAAUUAAAAGCUUUUAAUGUUGCAAUCUCGAAAGAAUAUACACAGUAUUUCCCCUGGAAGUGGAUUUCAUGUAUAUGUGAAUAUAUAUAUAUAUUAGUUCAUAAGAAACCUUCUGUAUGUACCUACUGU